AUGAUGUUUCCUGUCUUCGCGGCUGCACUGCUCUUCUCAACCUGGGGUGUACUCGCAGCCCCAACCCAGCCCCAGCUCUCUCGCCGCAGCGGCAUCACCAUACCACCCGGCUACUCCCAUAUCCUCUUCCAAGACGACUUCUCCCUCCUCCCCCCGGGCAACUGGGGCACCAACGAAGUGCAAACCUACACCAAGUCACCCUCCAACAUCAACAUCACCUCUUCGGGGACUUUACUCAUUACCCCUCUCCGCGUCAGCGUUGCCCUCCCAUCCGUGGAUGACUACUGGACCUCAGCCCGCAUCGAAACCAUAACCGACCACAUCGCCUGCCCCCCCGGCGGCAAGCUGCUCAUGUCCGCCAGCCUGCGCUUCGGCUCCGCCCCCUCCCCCUCGCAAAUGGGCAUCUGGCCGUCCUUCUGGGCCUUGGGGUCCGAGUUCCGGCGUUCCGGCAAGUUCGACCAGUGGCCCGGCGCGGGCGAGAUCGACAUAGCCGAGAGCACCAACGGGUCGCCUGCGGUGUGGCAGUCGCUGCACUGCGGAGUUGCUCCGGGGGGGCCGUUACCUAGAGGUGAAGAGGUGAUGAUGAUGGGCGUUGAAGAUGGUGAUGAUAUCUGA